CAGUUCAACUCAACGGCCGCAUUCGCUUCACUGGCUGACUGAACCCCCAGUGUUCUACCACCUAGCCUCACAGAAACCCCACGCAAAAUGGCCCAAUCCGUGACGAUGACCAACGAGCAGCUCCAUGAGCUGAUCGAAGCGGUGCGACUGUCGGCCACAAGUGCCGCCGGAAGUGCAGCAGCAGCGGGGGGAGCAGACGCCCAGGGUGCCCGGGGCAAGGGCAGCUUCUCGGCGUGCACACACAACUUCGGCGGAACGCGAGAUCACGACGUGGUCGAGGAGUUCAUCACAAACAUCGUGACCUACAAGGAGCUGGAGAACAUCAGCGACGAGAACGCCCUCAAGGGCAUCUCGCUGCUGUUCUACGGGCUGGCCAGUACCUGGUGGCAGGGCGUCCGCAAGGAGGCCACCACCUGGAACGACGCCCUCGCCCUCAUCCGCGAACACUUCUCGCCCACGAAGCCCGCCUACCAGGUCUACAUGGAGUUCUUCCAGAGGAAGCAGGAGGACCACGACCACAUCGACACCUUUGUGGUCCACAAGCGAGCGCUGCUGGCCCAGCUGCCCAGCGGUCGCCACGACGAGGAGACGGAGCUGGACCUGCUCUACGGCCUGCUGAACAUCAAGUACCGCAAGCACAUCGCCCGCCAAAGCGUCCGGUCCUUCAAGGACCUCCUGGAGCAGGGUCGCAUCAUCGAGCACAACAACCAGGAGGACGAGGAGCUGGCCGCCGCGUCGAAGAAUGCUCGUGGCUCCAAGCGCACCAACCGCUGCACCUACUGCAGCUUCAGGGGCCACACCUUCGACAAUUGCCGCAAGCGCCAGAAGGACCGGCAGGAGGAGAAUCAGGAGGAGUAGUUGGCCACACACGUCCACACACAACCCCAGGGGGGCUGGGGCCACCAGCACAUGACAUCACCAGCGGUGGUUCCGCCCCCACCACACCAAGAGCAACCAGAACUUUUCGUGGCCACACUGGCCGCUCGACGUCGGCGAGAGCCCAACAUCCGGAGAGAGAGGGAGCAACAAGUGCGGCGGCAACACCACCAGCAGCAACAUGUGCGGCAGCAACACUCCGCCAGCCGCCUCAAUCUCCUCCAACUCACUGGCAAUGGGCGUGCCGGUAAGCCGCGACCAGCUUCUAAAACCCGUAAAAUCACGCUGUUUGUACUACUAUUCGUACUACCUCGAGAACGGCUCUACUUUCCUUGUACUUCACGCCGCCCAGUCGGCUGUUUUGGCACAGCGCGCCAGCACCAGCAGCAAUUGUUUCAAUUGCAACAUUGAUUUUUUGUAUUUACAACUUGAACAAGCAACGCAUCGAGAAUUACUGGGUGGGGGCGGCUGGGGGUCAGGCAUUUCGUCCGGAGAAUCGGUCAGUCGCAGUGGAGGAGUGCGGAAUUUCAGACCAGAGGCUGCGCCUCGAAUUUGAACUUCUUGCUUUGACCAUGCGACUCCGAACGGAUGUGGCCUGAUCCCCAGUCGCCCCCGCAUGCCCUGUAGUUCUCACAACCGCCGGCUCCACUUUGUGCCGCUCAGCGAAAGAGUAGCGAUAGAGGCCAGGGGAGAUGGGAUCCGUUUAUUGAUUCGUCAAUUUACGGAUCGUGUGUCACCAGUGCCACCCGUAUUCGCUGCCUUUUCGCCCGAUGCUGGUCCUUUGUGAAGCUGGCAAAAACCCCCCGCCCGGCGAUCGCCCACUUAGAUCCUUUUGCACGUGACACCGACAGCCCCGAGGGGCGGCGACUCCCACUUCCGGUUGAGGCUUCGGCCGCUUCCGGUUGCGGAAGUCGUGACCCUCGCGAUGCCUCUGGUGCGAGUGGAGCUACAGUGGGCGUGAACAGGGCAAAACCAGAAUUUCCUCGGAAAUUCAAAAACCAACCAUUUGACUUUCGUCAAUAUUUUCCACUAAGAACAUAGCACUACGACGGCUCCCGAAUCGCCGUCCGUGUGGUUGGCACGUCAAAUUGUCACGUUCGGGAUCACGGGUGUAGGGCUGUUUAACAUUUCACCCCUGCGAUUCCGCGACAAGCUUGAGGCACGCCAGUACCCAUCAAACCCAAACCUGGGGCUGGGUCUCGUCGCGGCCACGCCCCUCCAGCUGGCACCGACUCUCCCCGCCCCCCAGCGUGCAAAACCAGCCUCUUGUGCAGAUGACGUAGGCGCGUACAGCCAUCCGACCCGGAACUGGAACUCUUCCGGAACAUGGUGGCCAGGCUUGCGACGUGCGCCAUCAUCUGGAGACUUGGCCACAGGCACACCGAGAGUCUGGCCCGCGAUCCUCACAAGAAACCGAGCGUGGGGCCUACUGAUGAACGCAAGAGGCUGCGCUGAAGCAUAACAAAAUGUAAACCAUUCAACAUGAAAGACUGAAUCCAGAAAACCAGUAAACCACAAAAACUAAAAAACCAAAAGAAAA